AUGGCACGAGGCAGCAGAGCGAAGGUUGCCGCCGCCGGAGAAGCGAUCGGAUCGAGGCAGAUGGUGGGGACUCAACAACAAGAGGACAACGAGCCUCGCUACCGUGGUGUUCGAAAGAGACCAUGGGGUCGGUUCGCCGCCGAGAUCCGUGACCCAUGGAAGAAAGCUCGUGUUUGGCUAGGCACCUUCGACUCCGCGGAGGACGCCGCUCGUGCCUACGACGCCGCAGCCCGGUCCCUCCGUGGUCCCAAGGCCAAAACCAAUUUUCCGGUAUCACACGAAACCGCCGAGCACGUAACCGAUGAUCAGCACCACCAACGGGGUUUCUAUGAAUUUCAGGAUUUCAAUAACCAGUCUCGGCCGACGACGAGCAAUCUGAGCAGCACCGUCGAGUCGACGAGUGGACCUCGCCCGUCAAAUCCACCGCGUGUAAGAACCCACCAACGAUUAAAACCACCGCCGGCACCUCCUCACGACGACGACGAUUGCCAUAGUAAUUGUGAUUCAUCCUCUUCGGUGGUGGAUGAAUAUUAUUGCGACGCUGAUCUCUCAUCAUCUUCCCGUAAACCUUUACCGUUUGAUCUCAACCUCCCUCCGCCGUUGGAUGAUAUCGGAUUUUCCUCUAACCCAAUUGACGACGCCGACGCCGAUGCCGAUGCCGAUGACUUAUUCGUCACCGCGCUUUGCCUAUAA